AUCCUGGGAGCGGAUAAUGGCUACUUAAGAGCUUGAGGCCCCAAACCCUCCGUCUCCCCCUCUCUCUCUCUCUCUCUCUCUCUCUCUCUCCUCCUCCGCCAUGAAUCUCCUCCAAGCUCCGUCAUGUUCCCCUCUCCCCACAUCAACGAUCCCCUCCCAUGGCGCGUGUGCUGUUGCCUCAAAGAUCCCAUUUCUCCCUCCCCUCCGUUCUCACUUCACCGAUUUCCGGAUCCACCGCCGGUUUCUACCUCUAAUCGUUGCGAGAGUUGCUCCAGUUGGAGUCGGUACCUCGAUAAUGUCGAAAGACAUGGCGAAGAAAGAUGUCUUGACUGCUUUGUCUCAAAUCAUCGAUCCUGAUUUUGGAACCGACAUUGUUUCAUGCGGUUUCGUAAAGGAUUUGGAGGUCGAUGAAGCUCUGGAAGAGGUCUCUUUCCGGUUGGAGCUCACAACACCUGCAUGCCCUAUAAAGGACAUGUUUGAAGAGAAAGCAAAUGAGGUUGUGACAGCUCUUCAUUGGGUCAAAAAAGUAAAUGUGACAAUGUCUGCACAACCUGCAAAGCCUAUAUUUGCUGGGGAGCUUCCGAAGGGAUUACAGAAGAUUUCAAACAUUGUAGCAGUUUCAAGCUGCAAGGGAGGUGUUGGGAAGUCUACUGUGGCUGUAAACCUUGCUUACACAUUAGCUGGUAUGGGAGCUAGAGUUGGAAUUUUCGAUGCCGAUGUCUAUGGUCCAAGCUUGCCGACAAUGGUUUCUCCUGAAAACCGGUUACUAGAGAUGAACCCAGAAACAAGAACUAUACUUCCGACCGAGUACUUGGGAGUCAAGUUGGUGUCUUUUGGAUUUGCUGGACAAGGGAGGGCAAUAAUGAGGGGCCCAAUGGUAUCAGGGGUGAUCAAUCAGCUACUCACGACUGCCGAGUGGGGAGAGCUUGACUACCUUGUUGUGGAUAUGCCCCCUGGAACUGGUGAUAUACAGCUAACUUUAUGCCAGGUAGCUCCAUUAACAGCUGCUGUGAUUGUUACCACACCACAGAAAUUAGCUUUCAUUGAUGUUGCGAAAGGUGUUCGUAUGUUCUCAAAACUCAAGGUCCCUUGUAUUGCAGUAGUUGAAAACAUGUGCUACUUUGAUGCUGACGGGAAUCGCUACUACCCCUUCGGUGAAGGUUCUGGAAGCCAGGUGGUGCAGCAGUUUGGUAUACCACACCUGUUUGAUCUCCCUAUUAGGCCGACUCUCUCGGCUUCUGGAGAUAGCGGAACCCCCGAAGUUGUAGCUGAUCCUCAAGGUGAAGUGGCCAAGACAUUUCAAAAUCUCGGAGUAUGUGUUGUCCAACAGUGCGCAAAAAUUCGUCAGCAAGUUUCCACAGCAGUAUCCUACGACAAAUCAAUCAAGGCAAUCAAAGUGAAACUACCAGAUGCAGAUGAAGAAUUUUUGCUACAUCCUGCAACAGUUCGACGAAAUGACCGUUCGGCCCAGAGUGUGGAUGAAUGGACAGGAGAGCAGAAAAUACAAUAUGGCGAUAUUCCGGAGGACAUUGAGCCCGAAGAAAUUCGCCCAAUGGGCAAUUAUGCAGUCUCUAUAACAUGGCCUGAUGGCUUUAGCCAGAUAGCCCCUUAUGAUCAGUUGGAAACUCUAGAGCGGCUAGUCGACAUUCCACGGCCAACACCUGUGGAUGCGAAUGCUUCUUGAUUUACUGUACACAGAUUGUUUAAAGUUUUUGCACGUGAAGAAGGUUGUUAAUUGUUUAGUUCACCAAGGGUGAGGGUUAGUAAAGAUGGAUUUUUCCUAUGCAUGAAUAUCUUGAUGACAAUCCAUAGGAUUGGAGGAAUAUCUCAUGAAUUGCUCCCAAAAGUUCUCCAAACAGUAAGGGGGGGGAAAAAAGAGGGCCUAGCUAUUGUAAAAGAAGAAGCAGAUUCUGUUCCAUUUUUGACUUUUUGUUAAAAUGUUUCUGCAGAGAACUAGAACAGCAAGGGUGUUGUGAAUAGUCACUAGAAAAUAUGAUUCAGGAAAA